AUGGAGGAGCGUCGCCCCCGGGCAUCUCCUAUAGCGUCACCGAAAGCCACCAAGCGAAUGACGGCCGAUGCGUCGGCGAGCGCCGAGAAGACGAAGGUGGAAAAGACUCAGCCCUCCCCCUCCUGCCGCCCCGAGACUAGAUUCGAGCAGCACAAGAGCCGCAUCUCGAUUGUCGAGACGAUCACCAAGAAGAUUGGCAAAAAGAGAUCCGUGAGCAGCACGCAGAACGAUCCGACGGAGGACUCGAUGGCCUCGAAGCAUUUGCCACGUCCGAAGCUCGGCAACAAGACAGACAUCCUGGAGGAGCAGGAACGCGCCAUCGACGACUUCCCCUCCAGCGAAGACCCGACCCUCCGAAUGGCCAAA